GCCCCCUGCCACUCCGCUGGGCCGCGAGGACGUCUGAAGAUGGCUGCAGUUGAACUGCUCCGCUCCGACAUGAAGCCGUGAGAGGACAGCGCGCGGGAGGCUCCACGGGCUCCGACUCCUUUUUCUUUUAGUUCUCUUUCUUUUCUUUCGUCAAACAUCCAUCUCACUCCGCGCCGCGUCCGGCUCGGGCUGUCUUCCCGAGUUGACGCGUCAAAUCACGCCGGGGACCGAGCGGCGGCUAGCGGCUAGCAGCUAGCAGGAACCGUCCGGCGGCGCGCGGCUCAUUACCGAGUUUUUAAUUGAACGGCGACGCGGCGGCACGUGCUGCCGUUUCCCCGGGGCUCGAGCGCCGCGGCCCGCCGUCAGGGCGAGAGGCGGCUCGGUUCGGCGUCCAGCCCGCGGUGCUAACUCAUGCGCACUUUUCUCCGCUCUAAACCUGCAGCCACAUCCUCCAUCUCCCCAGAACCGGGCCGCUCCCCGCGAACCGAGCCGCCCCCUGCGAUCCGGCCCCAGAACCGAGCCGCCCCCUGCGAACCGGCCCCAGAACCGAGCCGCCGCCCCGCGAACCAGCCCCAGAACCGGGUCGCGUCGGCCCUGUAGCGGCAGCAUGAGCUCCUGCUGAAGUUCCCCGCCGCUCGGAGCUUCCCGGCCUGCUGGCACCGCACCAGAACCCGCAGCAGGAUGGACACUGACCCGAGCCGCCUCCGCCACCACUGAGCAGACCCGCAUCAACCCCCGCAGGCCCCGGUCCCGGUCCCGGCCCCGGCCCAGUCACAGUCACACCAGCCCGUCGAGUCAGCAGAGACCGGUUAGCUCGGCCGGAGUGCGCAGCUAGCUCGUCGCCCCACAUCACGCUCCAAACACGGCGUACCGAACCCCGUCCGAGCCCGCCCCCGCCCCCGGACACACGCACCGGCUCAGCAGCACCGUCAUGGGCGUGCAGGGCUUCCAGGAGUACCUGGAGAAGCGGUGUCCCGGGGCCGCCGUCCCCGUGGACCUGCUGAAGCUCGCCCGGACCGCGGCCCGCCAGCCCCCGCACCACCACCACCCGCACCACCACCCGCACCACCCCGGGCCCAUGCCUCCCCCGCCCCCGCCCGCCCGGAUCCUCAUCGACGCGGACUCCGGCCUGCAGCGCCUGUACGGCGGCUACCAGACGGACUGGGUGUGCGGCGGGGAGUGGAACGCCAUGCUGGGCUACCUGGCCGCCCUGUCGCAGGCCUGCCUGUACCAGGGCGGCCUGGAGCUGGUCGUGGUCUUCAACGGCACCCUGGGGAAGGAGCGCUGGCCCGAGUGGGCGCGGCGGGCCCAGGGCCAGCGGCAGACGGCGCAGCUCAUCGUCAACCACGUCGGCAGCAAGGCCACCCCGCCCCCCCGGGCAUGGUUCCUGCCCCCGGCCUGCCUCAGCCACUGCGUCCGCCUGGCCAUGUUCCGCUUCCGAGUGCGGGUGGUGCAGACUCUGGAGGACCACCACCAGGAGGUGCUGUCCCUCUAUCGGGACUUCGGCUUUGCCGGCCUGAUCGCUCAGGACUCGGAGUUCGCGCUGUGCAACGUUCCCGCCUACUUCUCCUCACACGCCCUGAAGCUGAGCUGGAACGGCAAGAACCUGACCACGCACCAGUACCUGCUGUCCGAGGCGGCCCGCCAGCUGGGCCUCAAGACCCAGCACCUGCCCUGCUUCGCCGCCCUGCUGGGGAACCACAUCCUGCCUGACGAGGACCUGGCCGCCUUCCACUGGAGUCUGCUGGGACCAGAACACCCGCUGGCCUCCCUCAAGGUCCGGGCCCACCAGCUGGUGCUGCCCCCCUGUGAGGUGGUGAUCAAAGCCGUCUCCGAGUACGUGUCCUCCAUCAAGGACCUGGGGAACCUGGACUCCAUCGCCAGAGACGUCUUCAAGCAGUCCCAGUCUCGUAUGGAGGACAAGGUGGAGCGCUUCAAGAAAGCGGUGGAGUAUUUUUCUGCCGCCUCCAAGCCCCGCCCACUCAGCAUGGGGCCUUCCUCUUUCCUCUUACCUGGGUUUGGACCUACGCCUUUCGGGGGACCACCUGGCCACAUGGGACCGAUGCAGCCUGGGAAGAAUCAGCUCCCUCCACCCCAGGUUGCGGGAUUGAAGCCUCCCUACCCCAGCGCUCCGUACGGGCCUCCUGGCUCCGCCCCUCUGUUCCAGACCGCCCCGCCUCCGUCACAGGACUGCAACGACUCUCUGGCCGGAAAGAUGGGCUUCUCCGACUGGUCUGCUCCGUACGACUCCACCCAGAGCGGAGGCCGGCUCCCCAACCACCACGGCGCCGCGCAGUCCGGACCCUCCCCGUCUCCGUCCUCCUCGUCGGACGGAGACGAGCCCAACGACACCAACGCCAACCAUUUGACGGACAAGCCUUCUCGGUGGGAGGAUCCCACGGGGAGAGGAGGCUCCGCCCCCGGAGACGGUUCCCAGGGCAACGGGAGCGGGUCAAACAUUCCCUCGCUGCUGUCCAUGGCGACGCGGAGUCACAUGGACAUAACCACGCCCCCUCUGCCUCAGGUCAGCGCCGAGGUUCUCCGAGUGGCCGAGCACCGGCACCGCCGAGGCCUGAUGUACCCGCAGAUCUACCACAUCCUGACCAAGGGGGAGAUGAAGAUGCCGGUGUGUAUCGAGGACGAGUGUAACUCGGAGCUGCCUCCCGCCUCGCUGCUGUUCCGCGCCGCCCGGCAGUACGGCUACGGCGUUCUGUUCAGCCUGGCCGAGACGCACCGCCGGCUGGAGAGGCUGGCCCUGCGCAAGAGGGGUCCGCUGGAAGUUCCUCCGGUCAUCGUCAAGGAGUGGAGUAGUGGAAAGGCCAAGUCGGCCCUGACCCCGGAGCUGGUCCCGGCGCUGUGUUUCCGGGAGUGGACGUGUCCCAACCUGCGGCGCCUGUGGCUGGGCCGGGCCAGUGAGGACCGGUCCAGGAGGACCAGGGCCUUCCUGGCCUGCCUGCGCUCCGACUGCCCCGCCCUGCUCAACCCGGCUCAGGUCCCACAGCAUCUGCUGCUCAUGUGCUGCGUGCUCAGGUAUAUGAUGCAGUGGCCGGGAGGACGGAUCCUCCAGAGACACGAGCUGGACGCCUUCCUGUCCCAGGCCGUCUCCAGCCAGCUGUACGAGCCGGACCAGCUGCAGGAGCUCAAGGUGGAGAAGGUGGAUGCGCGUGGCGUCCAGCUGGCGUCCCUCUUCAUGGCGGGCGUGGACACGGCGCUCUUCAUCAACGACGUGUGCGGCCAGCCGUUGCCGUGGGAACACUGCUGUCCCUGGGGCUUCUUCGACGGGAAGCUGUUCCAGAGCAAACUGGCUCGGUCCGCCCGGGACCGGGCCGCCCUGCUGGACAUGUGCGAGGGACAGGAGGAGCUGGUGUCGAAGGUGGAGAAGAUGCGUCAGGCCAUCCUGGAGGGCAUCAACCUGUCCCGCCCCCCUCCCCCGCCCCCGCCCCUCCCCCCUCCUGCCUUCCUGCCCCCCACCAUGCUGCCUCCCUUCUACCCCAUGCCCCCCCUGUACCCGGCCCGCCCCAUGGGCGGCAUGCCGCCCCACCACCACCCGCACCACCCGCACCACCCGGCGCAGCACAGACCCAGAGCCUUCCCAGGCCUGCAGCCCAUCCCCCCUCAGGGGGGGAAGCUGGAGAUCGCGGGGAUGGUGGUGGGCCAGUGGGCCGGCAACAAGCCGGUCCGAGGAAGAGGAGGAGGCUUCAACAUGCAGGUGGUGUCGGUCGGAGCCGGGAAGGGCAGAGGGAAGGAGGCGGCCGCCAAGAUGAGGGGCGGGAAGAAAGGCUCCUCCAGCAGACCGCAGCCGUCCCUGUCCCCGUCCCCAUCCCUCACCCCGUCCCCAUCCUUCACCCCGUCCCUGUCCCCGUCCCCAUCCCUCACCCCGUCCCCAUCCUUCACCCCGUCCCCAUCCUUCACCCCGUCCCUGUCCCCGUCCCCAUCCCUCACCCCGUCCCCAUCCCUCACCCCGUCCCCAUCCUUCACCCUGUCCCUGUCCCCGUCCCCAUCCCUCACCCCGUCCCCAUCCUUCACCCCGUCCCUGUCCCCGUCCCCAUCCCUCACCCCGUCCCUGUCCCCGUCCCUCACCCCAUCCCAGUCCCUCAUCCCGUCCCUCCACCCCGUCCCUCACCCUGUCUCCUGUCUCUGCAUCUCAUCCCUGUCCCUCCACCCCGUCCACCUGUAG